UCCCCUACAAUAUGUCUGCGCCCAGUUAAUCCAAUCAACUUUUCACAAAGUUUAUUUUUGAGCAGCAUCUCUUGAAUAGAAAUUUAAAAAAACAAGAUGAUACGGGACAGAAACUUGUUUUCUCAUAAUUUAAUUAGUGGUCCCAGGUUAAAACAGAUUGUGAGACACAUGGCAAAGAUCUUUAAAUUUACACAAAACAAUCGACCAGGGUACAUGAAAUCAUUUACAUAUGAAAACCAGUACAUGAGAUUAGCAGAUGUUGUGGAGCCUUUAUGGAAAAGAUCUUAUGAAAGUCAACUAUCGAUGAAGAAACAUCUAGUGGAGAAAUGUAUGAGGAAAGUUUUCCAUAUCCUUAAAGAUCAUAAAGGUUUGAAGAUAGAUGAUCACCCAUUCCUACAGACAAUGAAGACAGAGUAUGGAGAAAAGAUGUGUCCUGUAGAAGACACUAUACCAUCGCCUAUAACAAAGGGAUAUAGAUAUAAAAACACUUGUAAUCUUGGACCAGACAUCAAAGGAGACAGAAGGACCCUGGGAUUAUAUGUUGGUAGAAGUUUUGAUAAAACACUGACCUGUGUACAGCCAUACUUUCUAAGUAUAUUAUCAGACAGACAUAAAGACAUUUUCAAGGUAUCACAAGAAUUCCUGUAUCAAUCAUCCUAUGAACCAAAGUUCAAAGUAGAACCUCAUGGUAAUUGGAAAUCUGUUGUUGUACGAUCAACCACAACUGGCCAAGACAUGGUCAUAUUUCUUUUUCAUCCACAGAGAAAUCCAAAGGAAUUUAUUGAUGGUGCCAAAGAAGAGAUUUUGCAGUAUUUUGUACAUGGGCCAGGAAAACAGUUAAAAGUUGACUCCAUACAUUUUCAGUCUAGCCAUAGGAGAUUUCCUACAAAUGAUGACUUCCCACAUGAGCUGUUACAUGGUAUACCUGUUCUUACAGAAAAUCUUAUGGGUUCAAAGUUCCAGAUAUCUCCCACGUCCUUCUUUCAAGGAAAUGUACCUUGUGCAGAAGUUUUAUAUUCUAACGUACUAGAUUUAGGACAAGUUGGUCCUCAGACAACUGUUCUUGAUAUAUGCUGUGGAACAGGCACUAUAGGUAUAUUAGCAGCCAGAAGAGCCAAACAAGUAUAUGGAGUAGACAUUACAUUGCAGGCUGUGGAAGACGCUAAAUCUAAUGCUAUUAACAAUGGUCUUACCAAUACAGAAUUUAUAUGUAACAAAGCCCAUCGAAUGUUGAGAGAGUUGGUCCAAAGUAAUAAAUUAGAUGAGGAUGUUGUAGCUAUUUUAAACCCAGGAAGAGCUGGAGCUAAUAAGAAACUUAUUGAAUCUAUACGAAAUUGUGAGAAGAUAAACAAAGUUAUUUAUAUUUCAUGCAAACCUGUCGGGAAUGUACUAUCAAAUUUUGUCAAUUUAAUUGUCCCACCAAAUGAGAUAUUCUAUGGAAAGCCAUUCAGACCAAUAGUGACUGUGCCAGUUGAUAUGUUUCCUCAGACUAACCAUUGUGAAAUUAUUGUUUUAUUUGAAAGAUAACAAACAA